UGUUUAUUUUUUUCUACAUGUAUGUAUUUUUUCUUAAUUUUGGCAUGGAAUAUCAUCCAUGCGCAACGCAGCAAUAUUCUCAAUUGCCUGAUUUAUACAAAGGCCCCUACUACGGAAUCGCAGUCUAUCACGACUAGAGGCGGGUCAUAUCUCCCGUUGCAAUUGGUCGUCAAAUAUUAUGCACGGCCACGCUAUAACACCGGGAAUAGCUGCAGUGUUAUCCAGGGAUCAAGCAAGGUGCGGUUGAACCCCAAUGUGUGUGGCGACAUCAUUGGUACCUCUGUGUAAAAUUAUAAAGUCAAGGCUACAAAAAGCGCAGAACGCGUGGUUUUCACUAUUGCUGCGCAGAAUAUUGUCGACACGACAGGAUGACUUUAAGAAGGGCAUUGACAAAUCGAUAUAUCGAACCCAAUGAUUGGCAAACAAACCACAAGAUUGUCCAUGAAAUAAAAUAGAGAUUAUUACUAUUAUAUGGGCAUUAGCAGGGGCGUUAUUCAUUGUGUUUUGUUCAAAGGCGUUUGUGACAUGCACCACUGAUAGGGUUACGUCAAACUCGAUUGACUCAUCCCUCGCCCGUUUCCGAUCCGCUUGUGACGAGCACAGAGAACAGACUGGAUAAAUAUAAACCGCAUCUGAUUAUUUGCGAGUUGACACAGUAUAGUUGAAGGCGAGGUGAUAUCACGUGACAGCCGUCUGCUUGAGAAAUUUAACAAGUAUCCUUUCAAAGGAUCUUCAUUCCCAACUGUUUUCCAGACCAGCGCCAAACAAUGAAUUUCUCUUCUCCCUUUCCCUCCCUGCCCCCUCCACCUCCUUCCUCCUCCCCUGGCCUCUCUCAAAUCCUGAGCACUGUCAUCCUGACUUUGGCAUUUGUUCUGGGUUUCCCGGGGAACUUGUUUGUGGUGUGGACAGUGUUGUGUCGUGUGCCCCACCGGUCCGUUACCUGCCUGCUGGUCUUGAAUCUGGCUGCAGCAGAUGCCCUGGUUUUGCUCAGCGCUCCCUUCUUCAUACGUUACAUUGUGGGAGGGCAGGGCUGGGAGUUUGGGCCUGUCUUCUGCAAGCUGGUUCAUUACCUCUGCAGUGUCAAUAUGUACGCCUCCAUCUUCCUCAUCACUGGAAUGAGCCUCGACCGCUUCCUGGCCGUGUCCCGCCCCUUGCUGUCCCAGCAGCUGCGCACCAAGAGGGCCCUGCUCAAGAUUCUACUGGUCAUCUGGAGCCUGGCAUUCCUCUUCGCAAUUCCUAUGCCCUUUUACCGCAGAGUUUUCCCAAAAAAAGGAUUGUUUUACUGCAUUCCGUUCCACAGCGAUCCAAAGCACAUAGUUUUCCAAUACCUGAUUGAGACCCUCUUUGGUUUUCUGAUUCCAUUCGCCGUCAUCAUUGUCUGCUACAUUCAGGUUGGCAUUCGCUUACACGGGGCCAAAUUCAACAAACGAAGGCGGUCAGGACGACUCAUCCUUAUCAUCAUAGCUGCCUUUGCAGUUUUCUGGUUGCCCUACCACAUUGUGAACCUGAUCCAGGUUUUGGGUGUUUUAGCUGGGGAAGAAUCACUCAAGAAUGCCCUCCUGGACGUUGGGAAAGCUGGAAGGCCUAUCGUGACGGCUUUCACAUUCUUUAGCAGCAGCAUCAAUCCUAUUCUCUAUGUCUUUGCCGGGAGUUCCCAUAUCCGCAGCGCCGGCUUGAAUUUCAUGGCCAAGCUGUUGGAGGGGUCUCAUUCCGAAAGGUCGGGAUCCAGUCGUGUUUCCCAUUCGAUCAAAAUGAUCCAAAAUGAGUCCCUGAUGGAAAAGCUACCAGAGACGAAACUGCUACAGGCAUAAAAUAUUUGACUGCAGGACAGUUUCAUUAGAAAAAAACAUUUAUUGAUCUAUUGACCCCGUUAAUUGACGUUAAAAUAUGCAACCUCGCUACAGUCAUUGUACAACCUGCGAAAUAAAACUUCUAUGUAAGAUUGGAUUUAAGGUUCCUAGCCUCAGUGCUCAGCACAUGACUUGAAUCUGAAGAAGCAUAUGAUUGUAAAAAGUGGACUAAACUGUUUGGGUGAUGUAAAAAAAAAAAGUCCUUAUUAACAUAUAUAUGUACACCCCAUUCAUUGAUGGCUUUCUUAAUUAAAAUUGUAAAUUAUAUCAUUUUAAAUUAA